AAGAAAAAAAAAAAAAAAAAAAAAAAAAAAGACAAAAAUGAAAUUAAAACAACAACAACGCGUUUUCUCAAAGAACAACAGUUGAAUCUCUCUCUCUCCUCGUCUCCUCCUCCUCUUUCUCUCUCUACCUUUGUUCAGCAGAACCCAGAUUAGGGUUAGGGUUUUUUGCACACAAAAAAACCCACUCCUGCAACUGACUUGGGAGAGACAAAGGUGGGGGCUUUUGUUGAAUAUUUUGUUCAUUUAUAGGGUUUCAGUAAUGGGUCGCUGUUCUUCUGUGAUCAAAUGGUACCAUCUCCACAAACCCUUGCAAGUGUUCCUUCUCGUUUGGGUCUUCUCCUUAGCUCACGCCGACGUUGUUCUCGGUGCCGAUUCGGACAAAUCGGCGCUCUUGCAGCUGAAGAGCUCAGUCUCUGACCCUUCCGGAGUGCUCGCGAGCUGGAAUUCGAGCAAUUCUGAUCACUGUUCGUGGUUCGGCGUCACCUGCGAUUCAAAUUCUAGGGUUUUGGCCCUCAACAUCACCGGUGGAGGCGGCGGCGGAGGUAAUUCGGGUUCUUUCUCUUGCGCUAAAUAUGCUCAAUUUCCAUUAUAUGGGUCUGAGAUUAGGAGAACUUGUGUGAGUAGUAAUGUCAAAUUAGUGGGUGUUCUUCCCCCUGAAAUUGCAAAGCUUACAGAACUAAAGGUUCUAUCUUUACCUUUCAAUGAUUUGAGUGGUGAAAUACCUAUUGAGAUAUGGGGUAUGGAAAAGUUGGAAGUUCUCGAUCUGGAAGGGAAUUCCGUUACUGGGUCUCUCCCGUCUCAUUUCGGGGGUUUAAGGAAUUUGAGGGUUCUUAAUUUGGGUUUUAAUGAGAUUUCUAGGGAGAUACCACAUUCUCUGUCGGAUUGUAUGAGUUUACAAGUCUUAAAUUUGGCUGGGAAUCAACUUAAUGGCUCGAUUCCGGGGUUUCUUGGUGGGUUUAGAGAUUUGAGGGGGCUUUACUUGUCAUUUAAUCGGCUUAGUGGGUCAGUUCCGAAUGAGAUUGGGGACAAUUGUGGGAAGCUUGAGCAUCUACAGCUUUCAGGGAAUUUCUUGGUUGGUGGGAUUCCGAGUAGUUUGGGUAACUGUAGUGGGUUGCGGUCGCUGUUGUUGUAUUCAAAUAUGCUGGAAGAGCUCAUUCCUGUUGAACUUGGUCAGCUGAAGAAGCUUGAAGUGUUGGAUAUUUCAAGGAACAGCCUUAGUGGUUCAAUACCUCCUGAGCUUGGAAAUUGCUCUAAAUUAUCUGUCAUUGUCUUCUCAAAUUUACUCGAUCCUCUUCCCAAGGUUACUAAUUCAGAGGGGAAUUCCUCACUGGGGCAAUCCAGUUCUACUAAUGAGGAAUUUAAUUACUUUCAAGGUGCAAUCCCUGAGGAAAUUAUGAAUCUUCCGGAGCUCAGAGUAAUUUGGGCGCCGAGGGCAACUCUGGAGGGGAAAUUGCCUAGCAUAGGGGGUGUUUGUGACAACUUAGAGAUGGUAAACUUUGCCCAGAAUCUUUUUAAUGGAGAAAUAUCUGAAGGGUUCAGUCGCUGCAAGAAGCUGCAUUUUCUUGACUUGAGCUCGAACAUGCUGACAGGCGAACUGCUUGAGGAACUUCCGGUUCCUUGUAUGACUGUAUUUGACGUCAGUGGGAAUCUCCUUUCAGGUUCAAUCCCCAGAUUCAAUUACAGCACUUGCCCCCAUGUUCCUUCCUUUGGUGGAUAUCCUUUUGAACCUUAUGACUUAUCAUCUGCAUAUCUAUCGUAUUUUGCGGAUAGAACUCAGGUUGGCAUUCCUUUGCCAUUUUUUGGUGAUGGUGGUAGUCUUGCCGUAUUUCACAAUUUUGGUGGUAACAAUUUUACUGGUGGUUUCCAGUCAGUGCCGCUUGCACAUGACAGAUUAGGGCAGCAGACUGUUUAUGCAUUUCUUGCUGCUGUAAACAAACUUACCGGACCAUUUCCAGGAGAUUUAUUUGAGAAUUGUGAAGCAUUGCGCGCAAUGAUUGUUAAUGUCAGCAGCAACAGAAUAUCUGGUCAGAUUCCUGUAAAUAUUGGUGCUAUGUGCAGGUCUCUCAAGGUUUUGGAUGCCUCUGGCAAUCAGAUUAGUGGGACCAUUCCUCCUAGCUUUGGGGAUGUGGUUUCUCUUGUUGCUAUUAAUUUGAGUUGGAACCUAUUGCAAGGUCCAGUACCAAGCAGCUUUGGCCGGAUAAGCAGUCUCAAGUGUCUUUCUUUGGCUGGUAACAACCUUACUGGUUCAAUACCUACGACCUUGGGGCAGUUGCUCUCUUUAGAAGUGCUUGAACUUUCUUCGAACUCUCUAUCCGGUGAAAUUCCAAACAAUUUUGUGAAUUUGAAGAACCUGACUGUGCUUCUGCUGAACAACAAUAAACUGUCGGGACAGAUCCCCUCUGGUUUGGCAAAUGUGACAACGCUCUCAGCAUUCAAUGUGUCCUUCAAUAACUUGUCUGGACCGCUGCCAUUGAAUGGUAAUCUGAUGAAAUGCAGUAGUGUCCUUGGUAAUCCCUUUUUGCGGUCUUGCCGCAUGUUCUCCUUGACAGCACCAUCUUCAGAUCCACAAGGGAGGGCUGGGGAUUCGCAAAAUUAUGUUUCUCCAAUCACAAGUCCGACCCCAAGAAGUGGAAAUAGUGGUUUUAAUGCAAUUGAGAUUGCAUCGAUAACAUCUGCAUCAGCCAUUGUGUCAGUUCUUCUUGCUCUCAUUGUCCUCUUCUUCUACACCAGAAGAUGGAAACCAAAGUCCAGAAGAUCCGCGUCUACCAGAAAGGAAGUUACAGUCUUCACUGACAUUGGGGUUCCGUUGACAUUUGAAAGUGUUGUGCAGGCCACAGGCAGUUUCAAUGCAAGCAACUGCAUUGGGAGUGGAGGUUUUGGGGCAACUUAUAAGGCUGAGAUAACUCCAGGAGUGUUAGUGGCAAUUAAGCGGCUUGCAGUUGGGCGGUUCCAAGGGGUUCAACAGUUUGAUGCAGAAAUAAAAACCCUAGGGAGGCUCCGCCAUCCAAAUCUUGUGACCUUGAUAGGUUACCAUGCCAGUGAAACGGAGAUGUUUCUUAUAUAUAAUUAUUUGCCAGGUGGUAAUUUGGAAAAAUUCAUUCAGGAAAGGUCUACAAGGGUUGUGGAUUGGAGGAUACUGCACAAGAUUGCUUUGGACAUAGCUCGUGCACUUGCCUACCUGCAUGAUCAGUGUGUGCCUCGUGUUCUCCAUCGUGAUGUCAAACCUAGCAACAUCCUGUUGGAUGAUGACUACAAUGCAUAUUUGUCCGACUUUGGAUUGGCCAGGCUCCUGGGAACUUCAGAAACCCAUGCCACAACAGGUGUGGCAGGAACAUUUGGGUAUGUUGCCCCAGAAUAUGCCAUGACAUGCCGUGUUUCCGACAAGGCUGAUGUCUACAGUUAUGGGGUGGUUCUGCUUGAGUUGAUCUCUGACAAGAAAGCACUGGAUCCCUCAUUCUCUUCCUAUGGCAAUGGUUUCAAUAUUGUCGCGUGGGCAUGUAUGCUCCUAAGACAAGGCCGUGCCAAAGAGUUCUUCACUGCAGGAUUAUGGGAAGCAGGUCCCCAUGAUGAUUUAGUAGAAGUGUUGCACUUGGCUGUAGUUUGUACCGUUGACUCUCUAUCGACCAGGCCUACAAUGAAGCAAGUUGUACGACGGCUGAAGCAACUUCAACCUCCAUCGUGUUAGCUAAUCUGAUGAGACCGGACGUCAACUUAUUAACAUUAGGAUUGUGUAAGCCCAGCUUUAAUUUGUGCUCUGCUGCACUCUCUCGGGGGAAAUUCUGUUAUUUCUCUUACAGGGCUGUCUUUUAGGAGUCCAGAAUGUUGUAGCUAUUCGACAUGUAAAUUGUAAUAUAGCUUUACUCCCAUUUUCCGGUGCCAUUUCCCUGAUUAGAGGGCUUACUGAUGAAUCUGCAGAAGAAUGCAGGUAAUUUGUCUCCCGCGUUGUACACGUGCCAUCUCAUUUCUAUUUGUUGUUCUAAUAAUACCAAAAAAAUAGAAAUGUUUCUGGGGAAUGUGUCCGAAUGCUGAGGUUGUUGCUUGGAGUUCAGAUGCUCAAAAAACUGUGAAGAAUAUUAAGGUGUAUGUAGCUCAUUUGACCUCACAUUGGUUGUCUACUGGAACACUUGAGUGCAUUACACAGAUGAUAGUCCAUUGUUGGGAAGGCAUGUCCCUGCCCAGAUGCUACAACACUGUGUGUGUGGUGUGCUUGUUACUUUAGUCCCUUUUGUCAUAGGUCUAUCUUAUGGAUUAGUGAUUACUGACAAGAAAUUGGUUUGUUAAAAUGUGUGACAAGUGUUGUUGUUGACUCAUAAUUGACUUUCUUUUUGUAAAAGGUACCAUUUGAUGCAUAAAAUCAAAUUCUGUCU